AUGCCGGCAAGGAGAAAUCAACGUGUGGAGGAGGUUUACGAACGCGACCAUAUUCGUCAGGUUGAGCAGCGACUAGAUGAAAUUGACCAACGAAUGGAAGAACGGAUGGAUCAAAUGAUGGAACAGAUGACAGAACAGAUGGGUGCGUUGUUGGCUAACCAAAACAGGGCUAACCAACCACCUAACGGAGGCCAACAUUUGCCACGAGCAGAAUUUUCUGUAUUUGGCGAUGAGGAAGAUGAUGAGUAUUAUGAGGAGGCUCCACAACGACGGCAGAGAGGGCGCGUUGAUGAUGAUCGACGGCGUUUGGAGAGCGGGAUGCGGACUGAAAUUCCUGAAUUUUAUGGGGGGCUCAAAUCUGAAGAAUUCCUUGAUUGGCUAGCCACGGUAGAGGAGAUUUUGGAAUUCAAGGAUGUACCGGCUGACAGACGUGUACCCUUAGUGGCAACCAGAUUUCGUGAUAGGACAACGGCGUGGUGGCAGCAGUUGAAAUUGACGCGCAGCCGACUGGGAAAACCCAAGAUCGACACGUGGGAAAAGAUGAAGAAGCACUUGAAAACUACGUUUCUGCCUUAUAAUUUUCAGCGAUUAAUGUACCAGAAAUUGCAAAAUUUGAGGCAGGGAAGCAAAUCUGUGGACGAUUAUACCACUGAAUUUUUCCAAUUGAUUGCUCAGAAUGAGAUACAAGAGACUGAAGAUCAGCUGGUUGCGAGGUAUAUUGGUGGGUUGCGGGUCUCAAUUCAAGACACGGUCAAUCUGUUUGAUCCGGUGUCGCUUUCAGCCGCUUAUCAAAAGGCGCUGCAGAUUGAGAAGCAGAGCAGGCGCACAAGCAGUUUUAGCAAUUCUGCGAUAGCAGGUGCCUCUGGCAGUGGCAGUAGUGGAGUGGAGAACAAAACAGCAGGUGGUGCCGUCAGUAGAGGUACUAACAAUUUUAAUCAGUUUCCUAGAUCUGCUGGUAGUAGUAAUAUUCGCUGUUUUGGUUGUGGUGAGAUGGGUCGUAGGCAGGCUGACUGUCGAAAGACCGCUGCGAAGAAAACAUUUUUUGCGGAUACUGAUGAUUUUGACAAUGAGGAAUUCGACAUGAUUGAUGACCCAGUUUAUGACAGUGGCGAGGGUCUCGAGGAGGAGGUGGUCUCUGGAGAUACUGGGGUUGCGCUGGUUGUGCGACGGGCUUGUUUGACACCCAAGGCAGCAGAUGAAAAUUGGUUGCGGAGCAACAUUUUUCAGUCAACCUGCACUAUUUUGGGGAAGGUUUGUCGUUUUGUGAUUGAUGCAGGCAGUUGUGAGAAUAUCAUCUCAGCAGAGGCAGUCCAAAAAUUGGGCAUUCAGAUAGAGAAACACCCCAAACCGUAUAAACUGGCGUGGCUGAAAAAAGGUGGCGAGGUUAGUGUAACAUUACGUGCUUUAAUGCUUUUUUCUAUUGGUGCACGAUAUAGAGAUUCUGUUUGGUGUGAUGUGGUUGCCAUGGAUGUGUGUCAUUUGUUGUUGGGGAGACCUUGGCAAUUCGAUCGAAAGGUCAUGCAUGAUGGGCGAAAUAAUACUUAUAGUUUUGUGUUCGAGAGUGUUAAAAUUGUGUUACAGCCCAGUCGUGGUGUAGAGACAGCAAAACCAGUGGAGAUCGACGAAUCUUCGGUACCAGAAGAAGUCGCACCGAUUUUGGCUGAAUUUGCAGAUAUGUUUCCGGAUGAUUUACCGUCCUCUUUGCCGCCAUUGCGUGAUAUUCAACACCACAUUGAUCUGGAACCGGGGGCAGCCUUUCCUAACAGACCUCACUACAGGAUGAGUCCUACGGAACAUGAGGAGUUGCGGCGGCAGGUGGAGGAUUUGGUUGCUAAGGGACAUGUGCGUGAGAGUAUGAGCCCAUGUGCAGUACCAGCCCUUCUAACACCUAAGAAGGAUGGGACUUUUCGAAUGUGUGUGGACAGUCGAGCAAUUAAUAAAAUCACAUUCAGGUACCGUUUUCCUAUCCCACGACUGGAUGAUUUACUUGAUCAGAUCAGUGGGGCGACGGUGUUUACCAAGCUGGAUUUGAAGAGCGGAUACCAUCAGAUUCGCAUCAGAGUUGGGGACGAAUGGAAAACGGCUUUCAAAACCCGUGAGGGGCUGUAUGAGUGGUUGGUGAUGCCGUUUGGGUUAUCAAACGCACCGAGUACGUUUAUGCGUGUGAUGAACCAAGCUUUGAGACCUUCUAUCGUGUUAUUUCUGGGAUAUAUCGUGUCUGAGGAGGGACUGCAGGUGGAUGAUUCGAAAAUUGAGGUGCUGAAACACUGGCCUCAACCGAGUAAUCGCCAGGAUAAAGUGUCACCACGUCAUGCUACUUGGGUGGCUUAUCUACAACGAUUUACUUUUAUGGUCAAACAUAAGGCGGGGGUUACAAACCGAGUGGCGGAUGCAUUGAGUCGUCGCAGUAACUUUUUGAUUUCUUUACGUGUUGAGGUACCCGGUUUAGACUCGUUUACUGAUUUGCUUGAGACUGAUUCUUAUUUUUCUGUGGUUAUGAGGAAAGUGCGAGCAGGAGAGCAGACAGAGUUUUUGUUGCAUGACAGAUUUUUGUUUAAAGGGAACAAGCUGUGCAUUCCGGAGAGCAGUUUGCGAAUGCAUAUUUGUCACGACCCAAAAUAUUGA